AUGGGCUGCAUGAGAAGUUUUAUUAUUUUUGUGAAAGCAGCAAGCGAAACUUACUCAGGAUCAUCAAAAAUUAUCGGUGUUUCAUUAAAUCUGGCAAAAUCAUUAAAAUUUCGUGCCAAUUCUCCAUCAUCGAAACAAUUCAUUAAAAAAAGGAUCGUCACAAUCCAUUUUAGUAAUAACGUAACGAUACCUCGCAAAAAUUCAAGGUUUCUGCAAAGUAUUUUUACAUUAACGAUAAAAUCUAAAGGACAGACAGUAAAUCCAGUUGCUAGUGAGGUGUUAUACUAUUAUCAAGUAGAUGAAUCAGCAAAAGAAAUUGAUUCUCCUAAAGAACCAAAAGUUCUAAAUGAUG